AUGAUUCCUCCUCACUUUUGGCCAGUCCCCUAUCCCCAAGUACCUUCUCCUCCGACACAAGUGGAACCAAAGCCUUCCCCGCCUCCACCCCCACCCCCCGCUCCAGAACCUGCACCGGCACCACCAGCUCCCACGCCAGCUGAUACGGCCAAAGAUGAAGCAAUUGCCCGGUUGGAGCAGUUGAUUAUAAAUGAUCGCAAAGAGCGCGAAGAUAAAGAAAAGGCCAUCCAAGAAGCCAAAGAUCGUGCUGCCGCUGAGAAGGCCGCGCAAGAUGCGCAGACAGCGCAUGACAUGAAGAUCGCCUCAGAAGCUGCAGCUCUUGCUCGAGCUGAUGCGGAGGCAAAGGCGGCAGAGGAUGCCGCUAAGGCCAAGGAUGAGGCAGAAAAAGCCGCUGCUGCCGCUGCUUCAGAGGCUGCAGCUGCAGCAACGGCCGCGGCAGCAGAAGCUGCCAAACCACCGCCUCCGCCGCCUGCUCCAGAGAAAAAAAGCCUAUCAAGUUCAAAGACGCUGUUGGGAGAAAGUUCAGCUUUCCGUUUGAGCUGUGUGCCACGUGGCAGUUUACAGGGAAUGGAGGAGCUCAUUCGGCAGGCUUUCCUUCAUAUUGAAGUGAUUGGUCCCCAUGUGGCUGAUGGACACUAUGAUCUUAUCGGUCCCAAUGGCGACAUUAUCCUUCCACAGGUCUGGGAAACGGUUAUUGAACCUGACUGGGCCAUCACUAUGCAUAUGUGGCCAAUUCCCGAAAAGCCAAAAGAAGAUCCCCCUCCCCCGGCAGAGGUACCACCGCCCCUGGAUAAACCUGCCGAGGCGCCUCCGGAGUCAAAGAAGAAGGCAGAGUCGGGCAAUAAGAAGGCAAAGGCCAAGGGUCCGGCUAUGCCUGGAAGUUUUGCAAUGUGGAUGCUAGGUAGCAACGCCAGGCCGAAGCAGGUCUCAAAGGCGGAAAAAAGCCUGAUCCGCCUGCUUCUGCGCCUCCUUCAUGAUGCCUGUAUUUACCUUUACCCUAUUUGA